GCUAAACUUUUAAGUUAUGAAAUAUCUAUCUUUAGUGUCAGUUAUUUUAAUUUCAUUAGAUUCUUUGACAACUCAAAGUCUUAAUGGAACAUCUGAGUUACAUUCUCAUGAAACUCAUUCGAUUCCACCAGUGGCUUUUUCGAAUGAAGGCACUUCAGCAGAUGAGUUGUCUAGCUCUCAAAAUUAUGACAAAUAUGAUCCUCUAGUAAUACAAGACAAUAUUUUGUUCGAUCAGAUUCAGUCCCUUAACAGAGAGAGAAUUCCACAGCGUAUAGUUCACCCCAAAGGCCCAGGUGCUUCUGGAUAUCUCGUUAUAACAAAUGACAUAACAAAGUAUUCAAAAGCAAAAGUUUUUACAGUUCAAAAGAGGACACGAGUAACUGCCAGGUUUUCUAGAGUUACAGGUGACAUUGCUUCAUCCGAUACAGUAAGAGACACUAGGGGCUUUGCGAUGAAAUUUUUCACAGACGAUGGCAUUUGGGACUUACUUUGCAACAAUUCACCAGUGUUUUUUGUAAGAGAUCCAUUGCGUUUCCCACAUCUGAUUCACUCCUCUUCAAGAAACCCUAUGACUCAUUUAUCAGAUCCAAAUUCAGUGUGGGAUUUUUUCACCCUCGUUCCGGAAACAUUGCUGCAAUAUAGUAUCAUUAACACUGGCUAUGGCCUGCCGGCCAGCUUCCGUCACAUCGAUGCAUUUUCCAUCAACACAUUUGAACUAGUGAAUGCAAAUGGGACAGUUGUAUUUUGUAGAUUUCAUUUUUCGACAAAUCAAGGGCUGAAGGUCAUGCCUGUCGAACAAGCAAACAUUCUUGCAGGAACUGACCCAGACUUCUUUGCCAGGGACUUGUACAAUGCGAUAGCGACAGGCAACUACCCAUCAUGGAACAUGUCUGUUCAGAUACUUAAUCAGCACCAGGUGUCUUCAAUGUCCUGGAACCCUUUCGACCCCACGAAGAUGUGGCCAAUCAAUGAGAUUCCAGAAAUACCUGUCGGAAGACUAGUCUUGAACCAAAACCCUAGAAACUAUUUUAUUGAGGUCGAAAGUAAUGCAUUUAAUCCGGCUAAUCUUGUGCCUGGUAUACAACCGAGCAUUGACAAAGUUUUACAGGGAAGAUUAUUUGCUUACCAUGACGCCCAGUUGUACCGUACUGGAAAAAUUUCUUCUCUCUUGACUGCCAAUCCUGAAAAUAACAAACAGAGAAAUGGUUAUGCCCAAUACAAAGAAAACCAAUGGUCUACUGUAAAUUUCUAUUCAAAUAGUUUCAGCGGACUUCGUACUUUAUCAAGAAGAACAUUUCCGUUCCCUGUUGAAGGGAAUGUUUCAAGAUAUAACACAUUAGACGAGGACAAUUUCAGUCAGUUGGCAACAUUUUGGGAAUCUCUAGAUGCUCUCCAGCAGUCGGAACUUGUUACUAGCCUUUCCAGCACUCUCAUCAUGACAUACCCACACAUACAGGCAAGAGCGGUUUCGCUUUUCAACAGAAUUCACCCGGUGUUUGGUCAAAGUCUAAACAAUUCUCUACACAAAGAUGUUAUUAGCCCAGGGAAUUCAUAGAAACCACUGUUAAAAAUACAUUUUGUUCCACUAAUAAAAUACUUAUAUAAAAUAUGUUUAAAGGUUUUUUGUUUA